AUGAGGCACGAAUUUGUAUUGCCGAUCACUCCACCAAGUACGGUUGAGAAGAAGUCUCAAACCGAAGAUCACCGUAAUGAGGGUUUGAAACCCAGAAAAUUGCUACCACAAUUGAAAAGGAGUGUCUGUAACAGGAAACCUAGACUAAAGUAUAGGCCGGAAUUGAACACUGUGUUCGACCUGGAUGCGUACGUAGAUCUUCCCCAUUCAUCCAAGUUGCGACACCAUCAUAAGGGCAACGAUGCCGAUUUCAUUAAAUAUGCAUUGAAUUACAGCAAAAGAAUGGUUGUAGUAAGUGGGGCAGGUGUAUCUGUUGCUGCCGGCAUACCUGAUUUUAGAUCCAGUGAAGGGAUUUUCUCCACGGUGAAUGGUGGUUCUGGUAAAGAUUUAUUUGAUUAUAACCGUGUGUAUGGAGAUGAAUCGAUGGGUGUGAAGUUCAAUCAAUUGAUGGUGUCACUGUUCAAGCUGUCCAAGGAUUGCCGGCCUACGAAAUUCCACGAAAUGCUCAACAGUUUUGCUAAAGAUGGCAGACUUUUAAGGUUGUACACCCAGAACAUUGAUGGUUUAGAUACACAGUUACCUCAUUUAUCGACGAAUGUCCCCUUGACAAAGCCGAUACCCAGUACAGUACAGUUACACGGAAGUGUAAGACACAUGGAAUGCAAUAAAUGUCUGAAUGUCGAGCCUUUUGACCCUGCAAUAUUCAGAUGUGACGAUGAAUAUGAUUCUCCGACUGAAAUCAUACCGUCAUGCCCACAAUGUGAAGAAUUCGAGACAGUGAGAAAAAUUGCAGGUUUAAGGUCCACUGGUGUUGGCAAGUUGCGUCCGAGGGUAAUCUUAUACAAUGAGAUUCACCCUGAAGGUGAUUUCAUCGGUGAGAUUGCUAAUAACGAUUUGAAGAAAAGGCUUGAUUGUUUGAUUAUUGUUGGAACAAGUCUGAAGAUUCCUGGAGUGAAGAAUAUUUGCAGACAGUUUGCGGCCAAAGUCCAUGCAAACAAGGGGAUUGUAUUAUAUUUGAACACCAGCAUGCCGCCUAAGAAUGUAUUGGAUUCUUUGAAGUUUGUAGACAUGAUUGUGCUGGGUGAUUGUCAGCAUAUUACUUCGUUACUAUAG